AUGACAAAACCCCAUUUUGUAUCACUGUUGUUAUUCGUCAUUCUCUGCCCAAUCAAAUACUCCCAACAAACUUUUGAUUAUAAUUCCCGCAUUGGUGAUUCGUCGCGGUUUUUGACUGCGCAUAACUUGGCUCGGGCCAAGAAAGGGGAGCUACCGCUCUUGUGGGACUCUAAGCUUGCUAGACACGCGCGGCGUUGGGCCUCACAAAGGAGAGCCGACUGUGCCCUAGAGCAUUCCUUUCAGGAUGGCCAGUUUACGCUUGGAGAGAACAUAUUUUGGGGUGGUGGCUCUGAUUGGACUCCAACCGAUGCUGUUAAAAUAUGGAUGGAAGAGGAAAAGAAUUACUCAUACAAGAGUAAUAGUUGUGCCAAUGGCAAAAUGUGUGGCCACUAUACGCAGAUUGUGUGGCAAAGUACCAAGAAAGUAGGUUGUGCUAGAGUUAUUUGUGACAAUAAAGAUACCUUUAUGAUUUGUAACUAUGAUCCACCAGGUAAUUUUGUAGGUGAGAAACCAUAUUGA